GCCAAAUCAUUUUAGUAAAAGUUAGUGAAGUAACAAGUUUGAAUUUGGAUUAUUAAAUUGCAAUAUUUGUGUUAUACUAUCUACUUAUUAGUUAGGGUGAGGAAAAAAGUUUAUCUUAUAAAAAGAAUACAACAAGCAGCUAUAAAGCAAUGGGUUUUGAAGGCAUUGAGCAAUACUUGAUAGAGGUAGAAAGACAGGCACUUAGUCCUAUCGACCAAGAAGUACCACAGAUGCUUUUAGACAGCUUAGAAGCGAUGCAGACGGAUCUGGAAGCGCCAUCUACAGAUUUUUAUGCGGAUGACUUAGAUUUCAGAAAGUCGCCUAUAACUGAAGUUCCUAUUGCUGGGGAACAAGGUUCACCUUAUCAGCCUGAAGAAACACAAGAUUAUUGCAAUCUUGAUGAGCGCAGAGACCUUACAAUAUAUCAGAGGGAUGAUGUUUACAUGGACCGAACAAGCGUUUCCCCUGAACAUCAUCUUUGUGAUUCCAGUGUUCAGGAUCGCGGGACGGAAAAUUUGGAAUCAUUCGGUUAUUAUACAGUGUGCCCUCAAAGAAGAAGCAAUCUUCAAGAUCAGUUAACAACGAGAGCAUUUGCAGUGUGUUUGCAAGAUGUGGAAGACACAUGCCGAUGUUUGGGUAUUGCACGAGAUCCACUUCUGUGGACGCACGAUCAAGUUCAGCAGUGGAUCGUAUGGCAAUGCAGACAGUUCAACGUCCCUGAACCUAACAUGGACAUUUUCCUUGUUUCCGGGGCAGAACUUUGCAUCAUGAAAGAGGAAGAGUUCAGAAUAUAUGCUCCGUCUGCUGGCUCCACGCUGUUUGCACGGUUGGAAGUUUGGCGAAGUGUUGUCGAGCAGACGACCAGUCAGAUAUACACAGAUGUCUUGCCAACACUUUCAUCGGUGCCUGUGCCCGUGUCCCCAAGCCGAACAAGCUCUUCCGGAAGUAUAAGUCCAGCACCCAGCUCCUGUAGUGAACCCGAAAUUAAACAAGAAACUCCUGAAACUCAUACUAAAACAUGUGAUGACAAUGAUCGAUUACCGGAAGAACCUGUACAUCACCACCGGCAGACGAUACAGUUGUGGCAAUUCCUAAAACUUCUGCUGCUGGACGGCCAUUACACAGACUGUAUCCGCUGGGUGGACCGAUCUCGCGGAAUUUUCAAGAUCGAGAAUUCCUCGAGAGUUGCAAGACUGUGGGGAAAACGCAAAAACCGCCCUGCCAUGAAUUAUGACAAACUGAGCCGAUCUAUCAGACAAUAUUAUAAGAAGAACAUAAUAAAGAAAACGGAGCACUCUAAAAGACUAGUCUACCAGUUUUGCCAAAUGUAAAACCGGACAGUAUGUAUGUUCUCAAACAUAUUGCGGCGGCACUUAAGCCCAUUCCAACAAAGAAUAAACUCCUAUUUGAGCAAGAUAUUUGCUCAAUAUAUAUGGAGACACAGGGCAUUUUGGAAGGGGUGGAGCAUAAAACGAGGAAAAAUGAAAAGACAGCUGGUCUGUUCUGAUAAUUCAUAUUCUGUACAAAAAAAACUGUUAUAGGAUCCGAAUACAGUUGUCGCCAUGUUUGGCAAAAUGUGUAUUUUUGUGCCUUUUUCUUUUAGAAUAAACGUUGCAGUUAUGAAAAUAAUAAGUGUUGGAAAAAGUUAGAAAAUGAACAAAUAUUAUUUCUGGAACACUGAAAUUUACUUAAAGUGAAAUAUUCCUUUUAUUCAAUUAUUUCUUUUCAAUAAAAUAUUUUUUUUUUAAUUCUUCAGCUGAAAAAAACAUUGACAUUCAGUUGGAAGCUGCAGAAAAUGUUGUGAGCAUUCUUUUAAAUGAAUUUUUGGGAAAAAACGCUAAAAAUUCGAAUUUUAAUAGAGUUUUAAUAUUAUAAUAAGAAAUAUAUUUUAAAACCGAUUUUCAAAUAAUUAAAAUGAAGAGUUGUGCGUAAACAUUAGCUGUGAAUAAUGCUUUUUGCUAUUAUUCAAAUAAUUCUACACAUGUCUAAGUGAAUAAUUUACUAUUAAUUCAGCAGUGAAACUGAUCUUUUAAAGUAUCAGUUGGUUUGCGGCAUUUGUAUUGCUGUUUUCUACUACCAAAGAUGUUUUUCCCGAAGGACUCAUUUCUAUGUGAAUGUUAACUUUCUGCUCGUUAAAAUCUUGCCCAAAAAUAUAUUCAUAUACUCAAAUCGCAUCAUAGAUUCAUCGCACCCAAAACAUCCAUUUAAGGGUGAAAAUAUCAUCCCCAUCACACAAUUUUCAUACAUGUGCAAGAUUUCUGAAGUCCAUACUUCGGGUUAUCUGCAUAAUACAUUAUUGUUGUUUUUAUAUUUUGUUAUAUACAUGAUAUAUUACAAUAGCCAAAUAUUGUCAUAUCAUGGACACUAAAAGUGCUUUUUAUUUUAUUUUAUUUAGAAUAAUUAUGCCUCUUAUUUCGCUUCAAACCUACUGUCUUAAGGUAGAAAAAAGUCGUGUAAAAAUAUUUUUUUUUGAUCCGCACGUUAAACUGAGAAGGAAGUAACAUCAUUGUUUUCUAGCAUUUUUUUUUUAAAAUUAUAGAAAACAGCAAAUUCCCCUUUCAUAUAAAAACAUGUAAAUUUUGAGUCAUGACAAUAUAGAAGAAGCUAGCACUUUUUGAUUAAACACCUAAGACCGUUGUUUAAAAUGAAACAGCAAAACAUAUGUCACUAUUUUAGGUAAUAUCGAAGAAUUUAUAUAUAUUUUCUAUUUGGGUCAACAGUUAUUUACGUUUUUUAGGCAGUGAAUAUUUGAAAAGAAAAAUCAAGACCCAGAUUUUGUAACAAAUGAGAGUUACUGAUUUUUUUCUGUCCUAAUAUCAGUUGGUUUUUGGUUUUUGUUUUGCUAUUUUUCGUUUUUAUUACCAAAGAUGUUUUUGUAAGACAUUCGUCUCUGUGUAAAUGUCUAAAUGUUAAUCUAUCCGAAAAUAUUUCAAGUAACUGUUUGUUAUUUUUUGAUAAUAAUUUUCAACAACUGUUUAUACAUACAUUUUAUCUAUUAUUAUACGAUGCUACUAACUGCCAAAGACAUACUUUUAUGUAUGUUCAAUGUACUGUGCCUUAGCUGUUAAAGAUAUAUACAGAUGUAAUAUUUUCUCAGAAAAAAUAAAUGAAAAAGACCUAAA